GGAGGCAGGCAGGCAGGAAUGAAUGGACACAGCAGCGAGUGUAGCCGAGUGAAUCCGAAAAUCCUGCUGACCGACCUGCAUGUGUUUUCUCCACAGAGGCAGAAAGAAGCGUGACUGUGAAGGGAGAGACGUAGCAGCUCCAGCUCCAGCAGCUCCAGCAGCUCCCCUUACCUUCCCACAGCUCCUCCUGGAAGGGGGGGAACUGUGUCACGAAUUGAACUUGCAACAAGAAGAAGAAGAGGAAAGAGAAAUUUGACUUGCAAGAAAAAUAAUUUUUUUCUCUCGCAUGCGACACUUGAACACUUGGACGUUCACCCGGCUAGCAGGCGAGGACACGGGGGAGCUGCCACGAAUAGAUCCAGUAUCCACGACCCCGGUCGGCCGGUCGGGAUAGGACCUCGUGUUCCCUUCUCCGGCACUUGGACUCCCCCCUCUCCCUGUCUCUGUCUUCUUUUACUCUCUGGCUCUAACUCCUGUGCAUGUUUUUGUUGGCUUGUUUCUAAAUUACACGAACGGAAAGUGGGAAUUUUUUAAUUUUUUUUGUAAUUUUUAUUUUUGGUGGUGGUGGUGCUCGCUGUUUUCCAAAGUGAAGGCGGGACUUAAACGUUGUGUGAUUCAGACACGAAGAAGGGGAGAGAAAUGCCCACGGCGGUGACAAAGAGGAGAUUCAGUGUUAGUCUUUGAUCCUGUCAGAGUGGGACGUGUCUAGCAGGGGACCGAGGAGGGAGCAGUGCCAACUUGGAACAUGGUGCCUAAUAUUCACUUGGCAGUGCCCUUCCUGCCCAGAGGGGCAUUGCUGUUCCUGAUUCUCCUCAGCUGUGUGGUGUUCUCCUCGCUGGCAGACAGCAUGCCAAGUUUCGUCAAAUCCCCAGAGGACCAGACGGGCAUCUCGGGCGGAGUCGCGUCGUUUGUGUGCCAGGCCGCCGGGGAGCCCAAACCCAGAAUCACCUGGAUGAAGAAAGGCAAGAAAGUCAGCUCCCAGCGCUUUGAGGUGAUUGAGUUUGAUGAUGGCUCGGGCUCCGUACUGCGGAUCCAACCACUGCGCACACACAGAGACGAAGCCAUUUACGAGUGCACGGCCACCAACAGUGUUGGCGAGAUCAACACCAGUGCCAAGCUUACAGUGCUUGAAGAGAACCAGAUCCCCCAUGGUUUCCCAACCAUCGAUAUGGGUCCCCAGCUGAAGGUAGUUGAAAAGACCAGAACUGCCACCAUGCUGUGCGCCGCCAGCGGAAACCCGGAUCCAGAGAUCUCCUGGUUCAAGGACAUGCUUCCCGUGGACAUCAGCAGCAGCAACGGGCGCAUUAAACAGCUUCGUUCAGGUGGUACACCAAUUAGAGGAGCUCUGCAAAUUGAGAACAGCGAGGAGUCCGACCAAGGGAAAUACGAGUGUGUUGCCAUGAACAGCGCUGGGACCCGUUACUCCGCUCCUGCCAAUCUCUACGUACGAGUGCGAAGAGUCCCACCCAGAUUCUCCAUUCCGCCCACCAACCAAGAGGUGAUGCCAGGCGGCAGCGUCAACCUGACAUGCGUGGCAGUGGGCUCGCCGAUGCCCUACGUCAAGUGGACGAUGGGCCUGGUGGAGCUGACCAAGGAGGAGGAGAUGCCGAUGGGACGCAACGUGCUGGAGGUCAACAACAUCCGCGAGUCGGCGAACUACACCUGCGUGGCCAUCUCCUCUCUGGGCAUGAUAGAAGCCACCGCUCAGGUCACCGUCAAAGCUUUGCCAAAGCCUCCCGCCUCCCUCAUUGUGACUGAGACCACAGCCACCAGUGUGACUCUCACCUGGGACUCUGGAAACCCAGAACCUGUCUCCUACUACAUGAUCCAAUACAGAGCCAAGACCUCGGACAACGGCUUCCAGGAAGUGGAAGGUGUGGCAACUACCCGUUACAGCAUCGGUGGACUUAGCCCCUACUCUGAGUAUGAGUUUCGUGUCAUGGCUGUCAACAACAUCGGCCGGGGGCCACCGAGCGACCCCGUGGAGACACGCACUGGUGAACAGGCCCCCUCCUCGCCACCUCUGCACGUCCAAGCGCGCAUGCUGAGUGCCAGCACAAUGCUGGUCCAGUGGGAACCGCCCGAGGAACCCAACGGGCAAAUCAGGGGCUACCGGGUCUACUACAGCUCGGACUUGACGGCUCCGCUCAGCGCCUGGCAGAAGCACAACACAGACGACAGCAGCCUGACGACCAUCUCGGGCCUGACUCCUGAUAUCACCUACAGCCUCAGGGUGCUGGGCUUCACCUCUGUAGGUGACGGGCCACCUUCUGACAUCCUGCAAGUCAAAACCCAACAGGGAGUCCCUGCCCAGCCGUCCAGCUUUGAGGCCGAAGCUGAGCUGGACAGUCGCAUCAUGCUAACAUGGCUGUGGCCCGUCCAGGACCCCAUCACUAAGUAUGAGCUGCAGUACUGGGAGGCCGGCUCAGACAACAAGUUACAUGUGAGCUUCAACCCAGCGGGCUCCUACGCUGUGGACGGUCUAAAGCCUGACACCUUGUACCGUUUCUCUCUGGCAGCCCGUUCUGAGAUGGGCUUAGGUGUCUACACCCAACCCAUCGAGGCUCGCACCGCCCAGUCCACCCCAUCAGCUCCCCCCCAGGAGGUACACCUGGUCAGCCUGAGCUCCACCAGCCUCAAGGUGAGUUGGGUGGCACCGCCCGCCGCUAGCCGCCACGGCGCCAUUGUGCGCUACACAGUCAGCUACCAGGCCAUGGCUGGAGAAGACACGGAGCGGCACGAGGUGACGGGCAUCGGCGCAGACGCCACUAGCUUUGUGCUGGAGGGCCUGGAGAAGUGGACUGAGUAUCAGGUGUGGGUGAGGGCACACACUGACGUGGGCCCCGGCCCAGAGAGUGCCCCAGUGAGGAUGAGAACCAAAGAGGAUGUGCCGGGAGCACCCCCCAGGAAGCUGGAGGUUGAGGCCAUAAACUCCACAGCAAUCCGGGUCACCUGGAAGCCGCCCCUGCAGGGGAAGCAGCACGGCCAAAUCCGGGGCUAUCAAGUCAUCUUCUCUCGGCUUGAAAACGGCGAACCACGAGGCCAGCCUAACAUCAUGGACGUUGCUUUGCCAGAGGCACAGUGGAAUAUUGAGGAGUCCACCGAGCAUGAGGCCAUUAUUGCCGGACUGCACUCUGAAACCACCUACUCGGUCACCGUGGCAGCAUACACCACCAAAGGAGACGGAGCGCGCAGCAAAGCCAAAGUCAUCACCACGACGGGUGCAGUGCCAGGAAAGCCCACCAUGAUGAUCAGCACCACUAUGGGCAACACAGCGCUGAUUCAGUGGCAGCCGCCUAAGGAAAUGGUUGGGGAGCUGAUGGGCUACCAGCUGCAGUACAAGCGCACUGACGAGGAAAACUACACCUCCCGCGAGCUGAGAAAGAUCGAUGACCAUUACACCGUCACCGGGCUGCACAAAGGUGCCACCUAUGUCUUCCGCCUCAGUGCCCGCAACCGCGCGGGCAUCGGCGAAGCAUACGUGAAAGAGAUCAGCACCCCUGAAGACGUGCCGUCGGGCUUCCCGUUCAACCUGCAGGUCACGGGACUGACUCAGUCCAGCACCGAGCUGACCUGGGACCCUCCGCUGGUGGCCGAAAGGAACGGCAAGAUCGUGCACUAUGUGGUCGUUUACAGGGACAUCAACAGUCAGCAGAACAGCACCAACCGGACGAGCGAAACGCACAUGACCAUCCAGGGCCUUAAUCCCGACACCACCUACGAUAUCCGGGUGCAGGCGUUCACCAGUAAGGGCGGAGGACCCCUCAGCCCUAGCAUCCAGAGCAGGACCAUGUCGAACGAUUUUCCCACCCUCAACUUUGGUGUCAAAGCCGUCAUGAAAACAUCUGUCCUCCUCACCUGGGAUUUGCCACCGAACUACAAAUCCCAAGUGCCUUUCAAGAUCCUGUACAACCAGCAAAGCGUGGAAGUGCAGGGAUCCCUGAAGAGGAGGCUGAUCACGCAGCUGCAGCCAGACACGGACUACUCUUUUGUGCUGACAAGCAGGGGCAACAUUGCUGGUGGUCUACAGCAGCAGGUGUCCAUCCGCACCGCUCCCGACCUGAUCAACGCCAAGCCCAGCACACAUCAGCCUCAGGGUAGCAAGAUGACAAUCAACCUGCCCAAGGUCCAGACCACCACGCGUGUCAGGUGGUACUACAUCGUGGUGGUGCCGGUGUCCCAGUCAACGCAGGGGUGGAAGAAUCCAGACGAGAUGGACCUGGACGAGCUGUUCAAGUCAAGUGAAGGCCCCGUCCUGAGGCGCAGACGUCACCUGGAUUCCUCCAAACCUUAUAUCGCUGCCAAGUUGGCCUCGUUGCCGACCACCUUCACCCUGGGUGAUGAGAAGAGAUACAACGGCUUCUACAACAAGCCCCUGAGCAGUCCGCAGGAGUAUCUCUGCUUUGUCCUGGCAGUACUCCGAUCCGAAGGGGCAGACAGCACUACUAAUUAUAUGACAUUUUCAGCCAGUCCCUACUCAGACCCGGUCCACGUGCGAAACAGCAUGGCUCAGGGGAUGGAGCAGCCUGAAAUGUUGUGGGUUAUGGGCCCUGUUUUGGCCGUGGUCCUGAUUAUCAUCAUCGUCAUCGCCAUCCUGCUCUUCAAGAACAAACAGGAAAGGAAGCGAGCGUCGCCCCUACCCAAAGAUGAGCACUCGGGCGGGGUGAAGGACUCCCUGCUGGCCAACUCCUCCGACCCUGUGGAGAUGAGAAGACUUAACUACCAGACCCCAGGUCCCAGCUCUCAUCGCUGCCCCAACACUCCAAGAAUGAGGGAGCACCCGCCCAUCCCUGUCGUCGACCUGGCUGACCACAUAGAGCGUCUGAAGGCCAACGACGGCCUACGCUUUUCCCAGGAGUACGAGUCGAUUGAUCCAGGGCAGCAGUUUACCUGGGAGAACUCCAACAUGGAAGUCAACAAGCCAAAGAAUCGCUAUGCAAACGUCAUCGCCUAUGACCACUCCAGAGUGGUUCUCACCUCUGUUGACGCCGUUCCAGGCAGUGACUACAUCAACGCCAACUACAUCGACGGCUACAGGAAGCAGAACGCCUACAUCGCCACGCAGGGGCCACUUCCAGAGACACUGAGCGACUUCUGGAGGAUGGUGUGGGAGCAAAGAUCCAACACCAUCGUCAUGAUGACCAGACUGGAGGAGAAGUCGCGGGUGAAGUGUGACCAGUACUGGCCGUCGCGAGGAACGGAGACCUAUGGGAUGAUCCAGGUCACCAUGCUGGACACCGUGGAGUUGGCCACUUACAGCGUCCGUACCUUUGCCCUCUAUAAGAAUGGCUCCAGUGAGAAGAGAGAGGUGAGACAGUUCCAGUUCAUGGCCUGGCCAGACCACGGGGUGCCAGAGUACCCCACCCCAAUCCUGGCCUUCCUACGGCGGGUAAAGGCCUGCAAUCCUCCAGACGCAGGGCCUAUGGUGGUCCACUGCAGCGCGGGUGUGGGCAGGACCGGAUGCUUCAUCGUGAUAGAUGCCAUGCUGGAGCGCAUGAAGCACGAGAAGUCCGUAGACAUCUACGGCCACGUGACGUGCAUGCGCGCCCAGAGGAACUACAUGGUCCAGACCGAGGACCAGUACAUCUUCAUUCACGAAGCCCUGCUGGAGGCCGCCACGUGCGGCAACACCGAGGUGCCGGCGCGCAACCUGUACGCCCACAUCCAGAAACUCACCCAGCCCCCGCCCGGCGAGACGGUUACUGCCAUGGAGCUGGAAUUCAAGAGACUGGCCAACUCCAAAGCCCACACAUCCCGCUUCAUCAGCGCCAACUUGCCCUGCAACAAGUUCAAGAACCGCCUGGUCAACAUCAUGCCUUUCGAGUCCACCCGCGUCUGCCUGCAGCCCAUCCGUGGCGUCGAGGGCUCCGACUACAUCAAUGCCAGCUGCAUCGACGGCUACAGACAGCAGAAGGCCUACCUGGCCACGCAGGGCCCACUGGCAGAGACCACCGAGGACUUCUGGAGGAUGCUGUGGGAGCACAACUCCACCAUCGUCGUCAUGCUCACCAAGCUACGAGAGAUGGGCCGGGAGAAGUGCCAUCAGUACUGGCCAGCAGAGCGUUCAGCCAGGUACCAGUACUUUGUGGUGGAUCCAAUGGCUGAGUACAACAUGCCCCAGUACAUCCUCAGAGAGUUCAAAGUCACAGAUGCCAGGGACGGCCAGUCCAGAACAAUCCGCCAAUUCCAGUUCACUGACUGGCCCGAGCAAGGAGUGCCAAAAACCGGAGAGGGCUUCAUUGAUUUUAUCGGACAAGUGCACAAAACCAAGGAACAGUUCGGACAGGACGGACCAAUCACUGUACACUGCAGUGCUGGGGUGGGCAGGACCGGAGUCUUCAUCACCCUCAGCAUCGUGCUGGAGAGGAUGAGGUAUGAAGGAGUUGUCGACCUCUUCCAGACAGUGAAGACACUUCGCACCCAGCGGCCUGCCAUGGUGCAGACCGAGGACCAGUACCAGUUGUGCUACAGGGCAGCAUUGGAGUACCUGGGGAGCUUUGACCACUAUGCAACAUAACCACUCCCACCGAGCAGCCUCCCUGGUCAAACCUCUCAGGAGUGUGUGCCAAGUGUCCCAUCUCAGCCACCAUCCACUCACUUGACCCCUCCCUUCCACCCCCACGACCCCCCCUUAAAAAAAACCUGACCCCUCGCAGCUACCGGAGGGGAGGAGUAAGGGACGCGCUUGCAGACCCGGCGACGGGUUCAACCAAUCACGCCGACGUUAACCAACCACAUGAGAUUUUUGCUUUAAAAAAAAAUAAUAACAGAAACUUUACAAAUGACUAUGACAAACAUGACAACUCUUGUACAGAUGCGACAGCGCAGACGGGGCAGCUCGCCUCUCUGCUCUGUCCAAGCCAAACCUCCCUGAUUGUCAAAGGCUACUGGUAGCACUAAGAGAGCGUUCUCUCUGUUUUUAUGUUAAUUUUAUUGUCGAUAUUAUGAUUCACUAUGUCAAAUGGUAUUGUUUUAGUGUAUUUGUUUGUUUAUAAUAAUCAUUUUAACAUCAGACAUUUCUUCUGUCUUAAACUGCCCAGCAGGGGGCAUGCAUUAUUUUCAUAAUCGGUACUUUUUAUUUUUAUUUUAGGGUACUUUUAGCACAAGGGACAUGUAUUUUUAACACGUUCCUAGAUACUAAUACAGGAGGACCACCGUUCUCUGAGCUGCUGUCAGAUUUCUUUUUUUGUCACAUGACAUUUAUCGUUUUAUUCAUAUUAUUAUGUGUCAUAACAUUUUUUUUGUUUGUUUUUUGUUUUUUCUUACUCGGUUCAAUAACUAAAAAAAAAAAAAUUGCCUUUUUCACUUGCUGUUUUCGAUAAAAAAAGAAAAAAGAAUCUACUUUGAGAAAAAUUGAUUUCAGAGCACACACACACUCGUCCUUCUGUAAAGAUGGUAGCUAGUUAUAAAACAUAAAAGUGAAUUAGCGACUAAAUCAGAGGUGUACAGGAACGGAAAGCACAUGAUUUCUACGUCUUUUGUUUUGUUUUUUUGUUUCGUUCGUUGUUUUUCAUCAGAAGCCUAUGGCAUUGAGGCCUUCAUACUCCACAGCGGAGAACUUACCUGAGGAAAAACAAGACUUUUAUACCCAAAGGGUAGUUGACAGAAAAGUCUCCCAAUCUCUGAAUAUUGUUGCUCUUCAAGUCCCUCCCAUCUCCUCAUUAGCCUGGUCGGUUCGCCGGAGCUGGAGCCUGAACCGCACAGACCUGAACGGAGCGGAAGUGGUUCACAAUGGGCUGAGGAGCAGAGCCAUGAACGCUGGCACCUGUACAGAAUCAACCAUUCCUACCAGAGGGAAAGAGACUCAGCCCUUUGGACUGAAACCUGAUAUUAUUUUAUACAGAAAUAGAACUAUAAAUAUAUAUAUAAUUAUGAUUGAUUAUAUAUAUGUACAAUUACACAUAGAUAUAUAUACACAGCUUCAAAGGUAUAUUGUUAAAAAGGAUUAAUUCUGCUGAUCUACCAACCCUAGAGACUGCAGAGAGCCUGCUGUCCUAGAGUGUGUAUUAAUGGAAACACCGUUGUAUCUACUGUACUACCAUAGUAACUUUGACAGCUGGUUGUCCGUCUGAAUGAGGAAAAAACAGUACAACCCCCCCCACACCCCACCCCAUCCAUCAAAAUGGAUAGACUCCUCCUCGGCGCGGGGGCCAUCGCACCCACUCAAGCACACAUCUUCUUCUCCCACACGAGCCGCAGGAGGGAGGGGGAUCCGAAAAGGCCUAAGCGUUUGUGGUGGCGGUGGCCGCGGAGGAGGCGGCAGCGGCAGCGGGAAAGGAGAGGGAAGGGGGGACUUGAAAAACGCUGGCGAAAAACUAAAAAAUGUUCAUUUUUACCUUGUGAAUGCUUAGUGCUGUAGGGGUUCGAUCUGUUGUACACACAGUCUGUUUUCUAUUUGUUGAUAAAGAACUGGAAUUUAAAAAGAAACUGUUGAUGAAAAAGAAAAAACAUUGAUGUUAAUAAAGUUAAAUAAUUGGGUUUUUGUACAAA